AUGGCUGAGCAAAGACAACGUGCACUUUCUACAUCUGGAGAAGCACUUUACCAAAUUCUGGGCCUAGAGAAAGGAGCUUCACAUGAGGAGAUAAAGAAAUCCUAUAGAAAACUUGCUUUGAAACACCAUCCAGACAAAAACCUUGACAACCCAGAUGCAUCUGAUAAGUUCAAAGAGAUCAACAAUGCUCAUUCAAUAUUGUCAGAUAUAACCAAACGAAACAUUUACGACAAAUAUGGCUCCCUGGGACUCUAUGUAGCUGAACAGUUUGGUGAAGAGAAUGUGAACACGUAUUUCAUGCUGUCUAGCUGGUGGGCGAAGGGGCUUUUUGUGUUCUGUGGGUUGAUCACUGGCUGUUACUUCUGCUGCUGCCUUUGCUGCUGCUGUAACUGUUGCUUUGGUAAAUGUAAACCCAAGUCCCCAGGGGGUGAAGAAUAUGAAUACUAUGUCUCACCAGAAGACCUGGAAGAACAAAUCCGCACAGACAUGGAGAAUGAUGGGGAGAUUCCAAUCGUGCUUCAGCCUACAAAUGCAAAUGAGAAAACUCAGCUUAUUGGCGAAGGCCGACGUUGCUACAACACAGAUGGGUAGAAUUCAAGAAAGCAAAAAGCUGAGCUGAAAAUCCAGGCAACUGUUACAAUGUGGACAUGCCAUGGCGUGUGGUUGUAUUUUUCAUUUGGAAAAUGACAUAAUCAACUACUGAUCUUGAUAUUACCUAAACAACCACCAUCAAUAGUACCCACAGCUGUAAAAUGCAGUUUGAAAACCUAUCUAUGAACAAAGUCCAAUUUUGCUCUGUUGCUCUAAACACUUUAAAAUCAAAUCCCUGGUUUUUCUCACUUUACCUCAUAACAUCAUCCGGAAUUGAGUAUUUAAUUAUUUUAAACACUUUUGCUGACGGUGUUUAAUAGACUUUCCCCCUCAAAUAUUUGUCAUAUUUUGUAUACCAUGUAUCCAAAUUGAACCUUUUUGGAUAAGCAGAUUAUUAAAUAGACUCCAACUAACAUGUGAGGCUGGGAAUGACAACUAACUCCCUCUUUUCCACUUUACUAGCUAUUCAUUGCCCCAACAGUAAGAAAGUUAGAAAUAAAUCUUUUACUACAAAAUAUUGUAGUAGUUCUGCUACUUGCUACUGAAUCCUUUGUGGUUGGGACAUUGUCAUUGCAACUCUGAGAAAUAGACUGACUGACCUGGUCACAGCUGUAACAAAAAAUCUGGGUGACAAAUGUAGGGAGGAGUAAGAUCAUCACUUCAAUCAUUUAUAGUUUUGGAAGCUCUUUGUGGAGUACAAAUGAACUGUGCUAGAGAUUUAGCAAAGUUCCUUGGGUGAAAAGAAUCACUAAAAGGAUUUGAAUAGAUACCUUAUAGAAAUUACUUGAUGUUUGAAGCAGAGACUGUAAUGUAUUUCCAACCUAUCUGAAUCAGAACUUCAGCUUAAUCAACUCCAUUUCAGCUCUCUGAUUACUGGCUGCCCUUUCGUAGCUUUAAUAAGAUGCACAUUUCUCAAAUAACCACCACCUAAAUGAAUACAUUUCUAUUUUAGUGUCCUAGAGGAUUAGAGAAAUCUUCCAAAACCAUAGAAAAUGUAAUUCCCUGCAUUUUUGGAGCAAAGCUGUAAUUUUGUUACUUUAUUUUGGUAUUAACUUCUUCUUUCAGUGCUCAAAAACUUAAAUGCACCUGCUUUUCAUUCCUUCAUGGACUAGAUGUAAAUAUAUUUAAAGGUUAUCUAAUUAUCAAGCAAUUCUGCAUCUUUUUCCUCACACCCACUGGCCUCAAGAGCACGUAUCAAAAAUUCCAGCACAAAGUUGUAGAAUGACCUUUUUUGUGUAAAGUUUCCCAUCUUGUGAUACAACAAAAUGCUUCUAGUUGUGCUCCAUAUUGGGGCAGUGAUUUUAAAUGCAAUUCGUCAUUCAUAACGUCACCGGGUCAGAAAUUAUGUCACAGUUCUACACAAAAGCUUACAUUUCUCAUGUACCCCAAGCAGCAAGAAACCUUGCUGUCCAUCAGCACAUACUGGAAUUUCUGACAAUGAAAUAGCAGCGAUGAGGGUGAGGAUUCCUCACUUAUUCAGCCCAGUUUGCCUCUAAACAUAAAGCAGAGUAAACAUGUCUGUGCAUAUCUCUCUCCAUAUAACAUUUUGGAUUGGUGGACAAUUUCAUCACUUCCUAUUUAAAAAUAUAGACAAAUGUUCUAUUUUACAUCUUCCACCCUUUUCGUAUAAGUAAAAGUUGAUAGAUAGCAACAUAAUUUUAAAAAUUUACAGGAAGGUUUUGUCAAGGCAAAUAUAAUACAACCUUUAUGUAGAUUUCACUUUAGAAGAUGAAACAGAUUGAUUUUAUCUUUGUCAAUAUUUUAAAAAUGAAGAGUUUAGAAAUUAGCAAUUGAUUUGUGUAGUUUUCUUUUGUAAGCUGCUGUAGUUAAUGUAAUAAGACAUAAUAGCCAGCCAUGUAUGAUGAUACUUGUAUUUUGCAUAAUCUUUUAUUUGUAAAGACAAAAGCUUUGGUUAACCACUUUCCUUUGUUCAGUCCAUUGUGGGAGUAUUGUCUGUCCACUGCAGUUAAAUCAAUUGUGAAGAAAGUGUAAUUUUAAGAUUUUGGAUAUUUUACUACCAGUUCAGUUCAUAUCCCAGGCAGCUUCAGGUGUUCUUUGUUGUAAGUUGCUAUCUUUGGUCACUGUGUUUGCCUGGAACAAACAUGUAUGGCAUUCAGAUUCCAAAAUGAUCUGGUGUCAACUUACUCCCCCAAAUGUGCAAUCAAGUGAAAAUCUUGAAUAUCAAUACAAGCUCAUAUCCUACACAAAAUAUGACCACUCUCUUUGGCAUAUUUUCAAGGUUCCAAUGGUCAGGGGAUACUGUGCUCAAUGCAGGCUUUAAUCAGCUCCAUUUGUAUAGGCCUUUAAAAUUCCCAUCCUGUUUGUAAUCAGAUAUGAAGUGCCCUACAAUUAACUGCGUCACUUCUGAGGCAGUGAUACCUGACUACUUGGCUUCACUUCUUUGGUGUUUACCCAUCACAAUAUGAUACAAAGUAUGGGUGGUACGAAUGAAAAAAAAAUGGGAAUAUAUAAAAGAAGCAUUAAUUUUCUGAAAUACAAAAUGUAAUGCACGGUUCUCAGAAAUACAAGCACGCUGAAUAACUAGAUAUUUGUUUGUGGAUAUUAGUAUGUUGUCAUCAUCCCUCCACUUCUUGCUGUGAAACCGGAACAAUAAAAAAGUGGAAAAGACUACUAAUUUUCUAUUAAAGAAGCUAUAUACACUUCAUUCAAAACAUCCCUUUUACCUUUUGUAUUUUAUAUUUACCUCAUUUUUUCUUUCUAUUCUGUUCGACAUAUGAACAUAAACUGUGAGGAAAGAAAAAAUAUAGUUUUUGAACAAGAAAAUUUCUUAAAAAUGUAUGGUUGCACUGGAGCUUAACAAAAAAAAAUAGAGGGAGUGUUAGCAAAAUGUCUGCAAUCAGUAAAAUGAUUUAGUAUUUGCUGAUGUGAAAGAAACAGUAUGUUAUUAAAAAAAGUGCUGUUCUAAA